AAAAAAAAAACAAAAUCGUAAAUAAGUGACACAAAAAAAGAAUAAUUGAAUGCAUAAUUCGGUUGCUCUCGAUCUCACGAUCGUUAGCUGAAGAAAUUUCUUAAUACCCUAGUUCCAAAUGAAAAUGGAAGAUCCGAACCUAGCUGAGCAAUACGUACAAGAAUUUGUCCUUGAUCAUUUAGAGGACACAACGACUGGGGCGAUAGGAGUUAAACGCGAGGACCAGAGUCCUCCAACGGCAGCUAAAAUAACUUGGAAUACGGUUCAAGCAGAAGAAGAAGAAGAUACACCCAUUCCAAAAAUGAGAGCCUUUGCAAGUGGACUUCCAGCCGCUGCUGGUCAUGUCUGGCACCACGAAGAUCGCAGAUUCCAGGCCCUUUCUCCACCUCCAGAACUAUAUACACAUGGGCCGAUCGCAAGCCAAGCAAUUGUUGUAAGUGCGGCGGUACCAGGAGUACCAUCAACCCCACCUGAGACACCUCCAAUAAUUGGAUCUCCUUCCGGUAGUACCUGUGCUCAAGGAUAUCCUCCAUCAAACCACUAUGUACACAGGCCCCCAACAACGACGGGCUUGGCACAGGAAAUGAUGUGGCUGCCGCAGUCAAUGCGCACCGAACCACAGCCCCUUGAUUUGCGACCGCUUAAUUGUUCGCUCCAGGAAGAAGAAUGGGAACGGCAACGCGAGUACAUGCAUGUGACGUCGGUAUCAAACCACGGACAUAUUAUUCCAACGCACCAUUUUCAGCAGCUCGAACAUCUGACACCGAUCAACAUGCACACCCCCUAUCAUAGCAGCUCAUCAGCCCAGCACAAUCGCCCAAUGUCGGUUAGCUCCACGAGAUCUUCAACAGCCACCCCACGCACUUGUUCCGGUCAGUACAGUACAUCGAGUAAUGCCGGUGGCGAUGAAUAUAUCAAUGAUGACUUACUUACCACCCUUACAGUCCGGGAACUAAACAAACGCCUCCAUGGAUGUCCUCGCGAAGAAGUCGUCAGACUGAAACAGAAGCGCAGAACCCUUAAAAACCGCGGCUAUGCACAAAACUGCCGUUCAAAAAGGCUCCAACAACGUCACGAGCUGGAAAAAAUGAACCGACAGCUAGCCAAUGAACUACAGAGACUUAAAUCCGAACUAUCACGUGUAUGCCAGGAAAGAGAUCAAUUAAAACAGCGAUUACAGGUACGUCAACCAGCACAGGCCGCUGGCCAACAGCAGGAUCUCCACUCCGACGGACACAGUUCACCGGAAUUCUACCUCUGACGCCAGAUUGGCGUUCCUAAUCAUCAAUGGUCUAGAUAUCAGCAGCAGCAACAGCAGCAGCAGCAGCAGCAACUGUAGCGGACAACUUGAACGAAACAGUGUAAUGUUAAGUAAUCUCUUAUUAUUGUCUUAUAGAGCAUAAUAACUUUUUUCAAAAACAAAAUUAUUUGAAUUUUUUUUCCUAUAAAAUCGGGACAAUAAAUUAAUUUUAGAGAUAUUAAAAAUAAAAAUAAAAACAAAAACAACGUAUACAACGACUUUGCUACACGUAACAAGUCACUUUUUAUUUCUUUUAAAAAGGAACUUUAACAAAAAUAAAAAAGAACGUAUUUUAAACUCUCAGUUUGGAUGUAAUUUUUUAUUAUUUUUUUUAUUGAAAAUCAAAUUAUAAGUAAAGAUUAAAUAAAUAGUUAAGGCUGCAACAAGAUAAUCAAUGUCAAUCGUUAUCAAAUAAUAAAUACACAUUGUAUCAAUUCAAAUCACACGCUUCAUUUGUUGAUUAGUUUUAGUAUUAAUAUAUAAUAUGUAUUAUAUAGAUUUGUCUUUGCAAGUCCCUCAGAUAACAUAUGAACAGGUCUUUUAAUAUAUUUUAUUAUAAUAUUUUUAAUUUUUUUAAUGUUUUAAUUUUUUAAUAGGAACUCGCAAAUCUGAGUAUAUUUUUGUUGAUUGAGAUUUGCAUUUCAAUUUUACCUAUUUUUUAUUUUGUAUUUGGAAGAAAAAAAAUCCUUUGAGUUUUAAACUUUUGAUAACAGUAUGGUUGUGUUUAAAUUUUAUAAUAAUAUGUCCAAAUAAAUUUAUGUGAAGUAUUAAAACUUUUAUUUAAACAAGAAACAAAAGAAAAAGAAAAAUAUGAAAGUUGUGUCAAAACUGUGUUCUUCAGCGCAGCAAAUCUUAAACCUAAAUAAGAAUCGAUUGUAAAAUAUAAUAUAUAGAACAGAGGGAUUAAUUCCGUAGAACACACUAUAAGACUUGUGAAAAUGUGUAAAUACCUAUGUGAAUUACGAGUAUAAACAAUAUUAUUGAUUAUAGACACUAUUAUCAACUGUUAAGUUAAAUAAAUCAUAUUAUAUUAAAUCCAAUUGUAUUUCGGUUUUUUUCUGUCUGGAGGCCUCAUCUUUGGAAAAAGGAAAAAAAGU